AUGGACCCGGACUGUGCUAUAUGUCACGCUCCUGCUUCUGCAGCUUGCGACUGCGAGGCCAAGGGACUUGAUGUUGCCAUUAAACAGGCUGAGCAGCGCAUGAUGCAGUCCAUAUACACCGACAUUCGAAGCUGGGUUCGGGCUCACGCGCAAGACUAUAUCCUGGAAUAUUUCCGUCUCCUCACCGAGCGCCGAAAGACAGCUCACGCCUCUAACCUUGAACGCAUCAACGCCACCGCAUACCAUUACUAUCACGCCCCGCCUCAUCCCAGCGAGCUUGCCCAGGCGCAGGCCGCAUUGAAGCAUGGCAUUGACGAAGAUUGGCAAUCCAGUGUCCAGCGAUAUCCCGAAGUCCUCGAGUAUUUCUUCAGUCUGGUCGAGCUGAACGUCCCUCCAGAUGAUGACCCUUUCGUUAAGGAUCCUCCAUUGAGCGCCCUCAGUGGCGGGUCCAAGAAUAGAUCUGGAAGAAGAAUCGGAGGAGGCGGACCUCCUUCAGGCGGGCCUCCAGCCAUUGCUGCGCCUAGCAGUCAUGACAGAGAUCCGUUUGGAAGAAGACCCUCGUCCCCACCUAUGGACAUGCCACCGAUGCCGAUGCCUAGUAGAAUGGGCGGGAGAACGCCGGCCUUGAGGGAAAGAGAAAGAAGGCCAUUGCCACCAGGUAUGCCGCCUAUGGGACCGUCUAUGGGACACCCCGGACACCCCGGACACCCUGGAGGACCACCACCUGGAUAUGGACGAACCGCACCUCCGCCUGCGGGUCCUUACUAUGGAUGGGGUCAGCCAUGA